CACCGGAUUCACUGCUCACUGGAUUUAAGUCGUUCAGAAGAGAAGAGUUCAGAGAAACUGUCCUCCUCAAAACAACUGACCAGCAGCCCUGUGAAGCAGAAGGAUCUCACUGACUCACUGGAGAGAGAUGAGCAGCACAAUAAAUCCAUAGAAAGAGCCCAGCAGGCACUGAAAACUGCUCUGAAGAAGAAGUUUGAACACAUAUUUGAAGGUUUAGCAAAGCAGGCCAACCCAACCCUCCUCAAUGAGAUCUAUACAGAGCUCUACAUCACAGAGGGGGGAAGUGGGGGGAUCAAUGAUGAACAUGAGAUCAGACAGAUUGAGACAGCAUCCAAGAGACAAACCACACAGGAGACUGCAAUUCUCUGCAAUGACAUCUUUAAGCCUUUACCUGGACAAGAGAAACCCAUCAGAACUGUGCUUACAAAGGGCAUCGCUGGCAUUGGGAAAACCGUCUCUGUGCAGAAGUUCAUUCUGGACUGGGCAAAUGGAAAAGCCAAUCAGGACAUUGAUUUCAUCUUCACUCUUCCUUUCCGAGAUCUGAAUCUGAAAAAGGAGAGAGAAUUUAGUCUCAUGAAACUGCUGCAGCAAUACUUUCCGCAACUGAAAGAGAUCAAAAGUUUUGAAGAUGAAGUCAAAAUUGUGUUCAUCUUUGAUGGUCUGGAUGAGUGUCGACUUCCUCUAGAUUUCCAAAGCAAUAAGAUCUGCCGUGAUAUAACAGAGUCAUCAUCAGUGGAUGUGCUGCUGACCAACCUCAUUCUGGGGAAUCUGCUUCCCUCUGCUCUCCUCUGGAUCACCUCCCGACCAGCAGCAGCCAAUCAGGUCCCUCCUGAGUGCGUCCACCAGGUGACAGAGGUACAAGGGUUCAAGGAUCCACAGAAGGAGGAAUACUUUAGGAAGAGAAUCAGAGAUGAGAUAAAGGCCAGCAGAAUUAUCUCACACGUAAAGUCAUCCAGGAGUCUGCACAUCAUGUGUCACAUACCAGUCUUCUGCUGGAUUUCUGCCACUGUUCUGGAGACAAUGUUGGAUAAAGUGAGUGGAGACCUGCCCAAAACUCUGACUGAAAUGUACACACACUUCCUGCUCAUUCAGACUAAUGUGAAGAAUGAGAAGUAUCCUGGCACCAAUGAGACAACCUCAAAGAAAAUGUCAGCAUCAAAUACAGAAAUCAUCCUGAAACUGGGUCAGCUGGCUUUACUACAGCUGUUAAAGGGGAAUCUGAUAUUCUAUAAAGAGGACCUGAGAGAGAUGGGCAUUGAUGUCAGUGAAGCUUCAGUGUACUCUGGGGUGUGCACAGAGAUCUUUAAAGAGGAGUGUGGGUUGGGUGAGGAGAAAGUCCACUGCUUUGUGCAUCUGAGCAUUCAGGAGUAUCUGGCUGCCUUGUUUGUGUUUCAUUCAUGUGUGAAUGAGAACAGAAAUGUACUCAGAGCAGAACAAUCAAAACCUUGCAGUGAUGGAGUGCAGCUGUCUGAGUUACACAGGACUGCAGUGGAUCAGGCCUUAGGGAGUAAGAAUGGACACCUGGACCUUUUCCUCAGAUUCCUUCUAGGCCUCUCUCUGGACUCCAUUCAGACUCUAUUAGGAGGAAUACUGACAAAGACAGGAAGCAGAUCACCUGUACCAGAUUGGAUAAAAGCACUACAUAAAUACAGUCCUUUUACCAUUUACCAUUUAUAUACACAGACAAGAAGCAGAUCAGAGAGCAUUGAGAAAACAGUAUUUAAUAAAGGAGAGGAUCAAAAAGAAUCUUCAGCAGAGAGGACCAUAAAUCUGUUCCACUGUCUCAAUGAACUGAAUGACAACUCUCUAGUGGAGGAAAUCAAGAAUUCCAGAGAUCAGGAAAACUCUCUAAUGAAAGCUGGAACCACACCAAUGUUCAGCCCUGGCCUUUAUGUUACUGAUGUCAGAGGAGAUCCUAGAUGAGUUUGACUUGAAGACCUACAAAA